AUGAGACUCAACCCAGAGAAAUGUGCCUUUGGGGUGCAAGGAGGAAAAUUCCUCGGAUUCAUGCUAACUUCACGAGGAAUCGAAGCGAACCCUGAAAAAUGCGAAGCAAUACUUAACAUGACGAGCCCUAAAACAAUAAAAGAAGUACAACAACUGGCAGGAAGGGUAGCAGCACUAUCUCGGUUCCUACCAUCAGCAUCAAGCCGAUCAUACCACUUUUUCCAAACAAUAACAAAGAAUAAAAAGUUUCAAUGGACAGAGGAAUGCGAGAAAGCGUUUGCCGAGCUCAAAACCAUUUUGUCAUCACCACCAGUGCUGCAAAGACCAGAAGUCGAGCUCUCAGAAUUUGAUAUCCAAUUUCAACCAAGGUCGGCAUUAAGAGCACAAAUCCUCGCCGAUUUCAUAUCGGAACAAACCUCGGAUGAACACAACAAGUACUGGGAGCUACACGUUGACGGAGCAUCCAGCCGAGGAGGAAGCGGAGCUGGGAUAAUUUUGAAGGAAGGAGACAACGUGGUGGCCGAGCAAUCACUACAGUUCCACUUCCUAGCAAGCAACAACCAGGCCGAGUAUGAGGCCCUCAUAGCUGGACUCAAGCUCGCCCUCAACCUCCAGCACCAUUUUAGCUCGGUCGAACACCCCCAAACCAAUGGGCAGGCCGAAGCUGCUAACCGAGUUAUAUUGCAGGCAAUAAAGAGAAAGCUUGACAAUGCAAAGGGAGAAUGGGCCGAGCUGAUCCCAGAAAUAUUGUGGAGCUACAACACAACAAUACAAACAACCAUGGGCGAAACACCCUUCAAACUAGUAUAUGGGUCAGAGGCGUUAAUUCCAGUAGAGGUCGGAACCCCCACAAUUAUGACCGAGCUAUAUGACGAACAACACAACACUUGUAUAAGAAACGCCGAGCUUGACCUCGUCGAAGAAGAUAGAGAUAUCGCGGCAAUCAAACAGAGAGCCAUGAAGCAAUUGGUGGCAAGAAAACACAAUAGCAAAGUCGUCCCAAGAGCUUUCUCUAAGGACGAUUUAGUCCUCAGAUGA